CUGCCCGCCCUGAGUACUGUAUGUAUUUUAGGCGUGAAUCUCUGGUUUUUGAAGUAGAUUCAAUUUUUAUAAAUUAAUUUUAAAUUUAUUCAAGUGUGUUUUAGCAUUCCCAAAACGAGAUAUUAUAGGGAAUAGGUUUACUAUAAAUUAUGGCAGGAAAAAGGUCUGCAACAUCUGAUCUUAAUGCUGAUAAUUGGAAUCAAGAGGAUGAACUAGAAGAAGCUGGCACAUUUCAAAAAGCGUCAGAGGAAGUGUUGAACCGACGUAUUGUCAGAACAGCAAAACGACGUCUUGGAGGGUCAACAGACGAUACAACAAAAAGUGCAUUUGGUUCAUUUACAGGCUUCAAAAGUACUUCUACUGCAACAAAUACUUCUUCACCUUUCAGUUUCUUAUCAAAAACAAAUUCAGAUAGUGGUAUAGCUAGUUCGUCAAGUUCGAGCUUCAUCCCUAAUAAGACUCCAACAACAAAUGGAUCAACAAAGAUUGCAGAAAACGGAAUAGGCAUGUCUUCAACUUCAACAUCCUCUAGCCCCUUAUUGUCAAAAGACACAAAAUCAGUAUCUACUGAAAGUAGUUCUCCUAAAAGGCCUCCAGAAUAUUAUGCAAAGUUGAAAGGACUCAAUCAAAGUGUUGCAAAAUGGAUAAAAACUCAUGUGGAUGCAAAUCCAGUAUGCAUAUUAACACCAAUAUUUCGUGAUUAUGAAAAGUAUUUGAAAGACAUUGAAGCAAAACAUGGUAAGGAACUUGAAAGCACAAAACUGGUAGACAAGUCUGAAGGGAAAUUAGAGUUCAAGUCGAAUGAAACAACUCAGUUGAUAAGUCAAACUGAGAAAAAGCCAGAAAGUUUCAUUUUUGGCAGUUCCAAUCCAAAACCUACCACUGAAAGCUUUAGUGGUAGUUGGAAACCAGAAAAAUCAAUAUUUGGUGGUUCUGGUUUGAGUGGAAAAACUAUGUUUUCUGGAGAUAAGAAGAGUCCCUUUAGCGCAACAUCAACUGUAAUUUCUGACAAAAGUCCUUUUCUAAUGAAAUCACAAUCAGAAACCAAGCAAAGUGAAACAAAGUCUGAAGAAAAACCUGCAACAUCAUUGAGUUUUCCAAAAAUAUCUCAUAAUCCUGGAUUGUUUAGUUUUGGUCAGACCCCCACAAGUACCACAAGUACAGUUUCUACUGGAUUCAGCUUUGGAGGAGGUAAGCCUUUCACAUUUGGACGACCAGCAGCAAAACCAACAGAGCCAGAGGAAAAAUCAGCUGAAAAUGAAAACAAAGAGGAUGAAGACGAUGAACCACCAAAACCAGAUUUCAAACCAGUCACAGAAGAAGGAUCAAUUUAUGAACAGAAGUGUAAAGUCUUUGUAAAAAAGGAUACCAUUUACAGUGACCGAGGAGUGGGUACUUUAUUUUUAAAACCAGCUCCUAAUGAAAAAAUGCAGUUGAUCGUGCGUGCUAUAAACUGUUUAGGAAAUCUGUUACUGAAUACAUUGCUAAGCGAGAGCAUACCGAUAAAACGCCUGAAUAAGACAAACAUAAUGUUGGUGUGUGUGCCUUUGCCAAACACGGAUACACAGCCCGUUCCAACUCUACUUAGGGUCAAAACAUCUGAAGAGGCCGACGCUCUAUUCGAGGCUCUUGAGAAGCACAAAAAAUAAUGAUUUUGCCAAUUUUUGGGGCUUACUUAAUACAUUAUUUAGUUCAUGGGAAGAAUGUCCGUUUUCGUGAUGUUUCAAUAUUUUACGACACUGGUGGAUUUGUUUCAAGCAUUUUUUUCCGUAGCUGUUUAAGGUAUAGCUAUUAUUAAUAUUUCAGCUAAAUAUUGAUAAUAAUCUUGUGUUCGCGUAACUUCCUAUAAAAUAAAGAAAGCUUUCAAAUUGAAAAUAAUUGUGAUAAUUUAAAAAAUUCUGUUAAUUGUAGCAAUUACAAACGGAACUGUUUAUUAGUACACUAUUUUAUAAUAAAAAAUAAUUUUCAUUUUAGAAUAUUUUACGUUUUCAAUUUUAACUCAAUUCUUUUCAAUAGUAUGUAAUUUAUCAUUAUCUUGAAUUAAAUCCACUAGUGUCAGCGCCUUUGAAUUAUACUGCAAGAAUGAGAUAAUCCAAGAAAAGAAAUAGCAAGUUAACGUUUUGUGUAAAAAUGUAUCUGCUACGUACCUGAAAAAAGCCUGUAUAGUUGAUAAUACAACCAGUUAUGUAAAUUUAAGAUGAGAUAUUUGCAGAAAAGCAAAUUAGUUGAAUCGACGACUUUUUUCCGUUGAUUGACCUUUUCAUUAAAUGUUUUGUAGAUCUUUUUUAAAUGUUUUUUAAUUGUAGAUAAUUGUAAAAAAUUGAUAAAGUGCAAGCCGAAAUUUGUAGCAAGAAUUUCAGAAUAUUCAGGUAUGUAAGACGCAUUUUUGAUCAUGAAGCGUUUACAUGCACAGCGUGAGAAUACUUUGUCCAAAAAUUUCGAUUGCACAUUAAUGAAUUACCACUGAAAUAUUUGUGCAUUCACAUGUAUGACUCUGCAUAUUAUUUUAUACUGUGUUUGAAGACAGUUAUUUUUUUAUGCAACUCAAAUGUAAGAACUGAAUGUGGAAUAUAAUUUCCACUGCCAUUAGUAUACAAUUGCAAAUUUAAAAAAAAUAAUUUAGUAAACGAAAUAGAUAACUUGUACAUAAAUAAAUUGCUGCUAAACUGAAAAU